AUGGUGGUGCUUAGAGAAUCUGGAGGUUGUCAACCCAUAUAUAAAGAUGCUGAUGAGGUUGUCACAUUUAAGUUUUUCCAUGGAGGUAAACUAGUGAAAAAUAGAAAGGACAGUCAGUGGUCUUAUUUAGGUGGUGAAGUCAGUUGGUUUGAUUACUGUGAGGUUGACUAUAUGUCCAUGUUAGAGCUAUUUGGAAUGGCUAAAGAUUUGGGAUAUGACGAUGGGUAUGAUGUGAGUUUUUAUGGUGAAGAGUUUGGAACUAGCAGACUCAUUCAAAUAAUAUCUGAUAGUACACUUUUAGCUUGUAUGAGCAUGGUACCUAAAAGCAAUAGCAGGGUUGUAGUUUUGUACUUGAAGGUAGUGAGCUUAACUUCAAGCCAAGUGGGGAAUGAUAGCAGUGAUAAAGAAUAUUCUUGUUCUGAGAAUGAUGAUAGCAGUGAUCCAGACUUUGAAGACAGUGACUAUGCACAGAGUGAUGAAGAGAUUGAAUUAUUGAAGAAUGAUGAUAAGUGGUUUGAAGGUUAUGUGGAUCAUAGUAUUUUUGACAAUGAUCCUAAUGCAGAGCAAAAUGAUGAGUCAGACAAUGGAGAAGAGUCACCUACACUUACCUGCCCAAAUAGUUCACAAAGUGAAGAUGAUGCAGUGGGUGAAGUAAGAAGGAAGAAGAAUAGGAUGCCAAAAGGUGAAGAUUUCAGACCUGAAAUUGAUAUGGGAAGCCCAAGUUUCAAAAUAGGUUUAAGGUUUGCAACUGCCGAGUUGUUUAGAAAAGCUGUGAGGAUAUACUCCAUUAAUUGUGGAAGGGAGUUGAUUUUUAUGCAUAAUGACCGUAACAAAAUAAGAGCAGUAUGUGAAGAGGGCUGUCCUUUUGUUAUCUAUGCUUCAAGUGUUAGUGGUAGCACUUACCUGCAGGUGAAAACCUUUAAUCCUACACAUGUUUGUAGCAAGGGGACUAAAAAUAUACAUGCUACUGCUGGCUGGUUGGCUGAAAGAUAUUCUGGGCAGUUAAGGCUCAAUCCAAAUUGGACUGCUUCUUCUUUUGUAGAGCAAGUUCACCAAGACUAUGGUUACAGACCAUCUAGAGCAACUGUGUACAGAGCAAGAGCCAUGGCAGUUGACAUUGUAGAGGGGUCUUACAGCAAACAAUAUGAAGUAUUGUGGGAAUAUUGUCAUGAGUUAAGAACCAGGAAUGUGGGAAGUACAGUUAUCAUUAAAUCUGAAAUGGAAGGCCUGUGGUUUGCUUGGAUGGGUGUCAUGUCAAAGGGCCCUCACCCUGGGCAAGUGCUUUCUGCAAUGGGAGUUGAUGCAAACAACGGAAUGUUUCCACUUGCCUAUGCAUAUGUAGAGAUUGAGAGCAAUUCAACAUGGCUGUGGUUUUUAGAAUUAUUGAGUGGUGAUCUCAAUAUUACGAAUAGCCAUGGUUAUGUAUUUAUGACUGACAAACAAAAAGGGUUAAUAGAUGCUGUGAAUGCUCUAUUCCCUCAGGCAGAGCAUAGACAUUGUUUGAAACAUCUAUAUGGGAACUUCUAUUUGGAACAUAGAGGUCUUGCCUUGAAACAUCAAAUGGAAGCAAUUGCUAGAGCCACAACAGUGCCAUGGUUUCAUGCAGAGAUGACAAAGAUGUUGCAGUUGUCUAAACCUGCACAUGAUUGGCUCAUGGAGAAAGAUCCUAGGCAUUGGAGUAGGGCAUAUUUCAAGAGUGAUUCCAAGUGUGACAUGCUUAUGAACAAUCUAUGUGAGGCAUUCAACCGUAGCAUACUGGAUGCCCGAGACAAGCCUAUUCUGACUAUGCUAGAAAGAAUUCGGUUGUAUAUAAUGUUGUUGAUGGCGGGAAGAAGGGUUCUCUGUGAGAAAUGGCAUGGACAAGUUGGGCCAAGAAUUAGAAAGAUAUUAGAGAAAAACAAAGCAAAAGCUCAGUGGUGCAUUCCUAAGGCUGCUGGACAGAAUCAGUUUGAAGUAAUGCACCAUAGUGGCCGCACCUUUGCUGUUGAUUUGAAUGGCCACUCUUGUUCAUGCCAUGCUUGGGAUUUGAAUGGAAUACCAUGUUUGCAUGCAUGUGCUGCAAUAAGUUGGUUUCAUGGGAAUCCAGAGGACUUUUGUGAUGCAGUGUACAAGAAAGAGGCUUAUUUGAGAGCCUAUCAACCAAUGAUUAUGCCUAUGACUAGCCAAGAUCAGUGGAUGAAGGUUAAUUUACCUCCAUUACUCCCUCCGAAAUACCACAAGCAGCCUGGUAGGCCUAAGAAGACAAGAAAACAAGCUGUUGAAGAACCUAAACUUCCUUCUAAUCCAUAUAAGCUUCCUAGGUAUGGUUUACCUUUAAAGUGUGCCAAUUGCGGUGGAGAAGGGCAUAAUCGAAGUAGUUGUAAGGAACCUAGAAAUCCCAACAUAAAGCCUACUAGGAAGAGGAACAUUGCCAAGGACAAACUUGCAGUAAGAAGGAGAGAUGGUGGAGACCAAAGUGGCGGACAACAGAGUAUGCAAUUAAGGCAAAGGAAACAGUCAAGCACUUCCCAAGGGCCUUCUCAAUCCCAGGCAUCUCAAGUAGCUGCUGCUUCUCUAUCCCAACCAUCUGAAGCAGCUGAUGCUUUUCAAUCCCAGCCAUCUCAAACACCUGAACCUGCCAAAUUAUCUCGAGUACAACAACGUCGGAAGAGGAUGAAAGAUCAACAGAGGAGCCAUUUUGUCAAAGAUCCUUUUUUUCAUCCUUGA